AUGGAGUUCAAGCGGAUGAUGGAGGCUCCCGGCAAGCCGCUCAGCAACGCCGACAUCGCAGCAUUGUACGCGAGCAAGCUCAACACGGAAGCGGAGGACAAGAAACAGAGCCGAACGUCCCCCAGCACGAUUGAGGCUGCGCUCAACGUGGCGAACAACAUCCUGAAACAUGCUUCCCUUCGAGAUCUGAUCCUGCGUUGCGAGCGCCGCUGGCUGCAGGAGUCUCCUUUCCAAGGAAUAUACAAGUUGCAGGAGCUCAGCAAGGCCUGCAAGCACAGUGUCAGCAGGAUGCUGUGGGUCAUGAGCCUCACGGAGCUGCGGGUCUUAGCGGGCCACAUGGCGUCGUCGGACUUCACAGUAAGAAACUUCAAUCAGCGAGGCUCGAAGCAGUGGGUGGACCUCUUUCUGAAGCAAUUGGAGAUGAAAAAUUGGCUUUUGACCACCUGCCUGGACGGCAAGAACCUGCCGGCCGAGAUCAAGCUGAAAGUGAGGGAAAUCUUCAAGUCUCCGACUUCCUACGUGGAGCAGCUCCGCCCCAUCAGCGAAUCAGCGAAUGUGGAUCUCUCCUGGCAAGCCGCGUGGCCAAGCUCGGCCCUGUCCUUCAUCGAGCUGGUGGAGCAGGCCAGCUUCAACUUGCAAGGCGGUGACGAUCACAUGGUGCGGCUUGGGCUGAAGAACGCCAAAGCGGCGCAUGAGAUCAUCCAGGAGUAUUCUCCUUUCAAGGAGACCUUGCAGGCCGUCGAUGAGCAUCUCGAGAGCGAGAUGAAGGCAGCGCGCGAGAAGCUCUCGGCCGCUGUGGUCGUGGCCGACGAUGAUGCGGAUCCCGGCUCCGGUGGGCAGGGGGCGGCGAGUUCAGCCAUGGGUGAGAGCGAGGAGAUGAUGCAGUCCGCGGAGAGCGAUGAGAGCGUGCGACAGCAGCAGCAUGUGCAGCGACUGAUGAAGUCGUACAUCGUCUUGGAAGUCGAGGAGGGCAAGACGGUGACGGAGCUAGCUGCCAGCCUCGCAAAGCAUGCAGCGGUCAAAGUCGAGGGAGGAUCGGAUGGGCGCGGCGGCAACGUGUUGAUCGCUUUCGAUGUGAACACCUACGGCGAAGCAUUGACUGCACCACAUGUCCGAAGGGCACCCCUUCCCAAGGCGAUGCUGCAGAAACUCUUCCAAAGUGUGGAGAUUGCCAGGCACGGCACCAACACGGGCGAGGUUAGCGAGGGAGAGGUCUACGCAGUCCUCAAUGGGGAGCGCAUCGACAACUCUUGCUUCUCCAAGCUGCUGGGGACAGGCCCGGGCGUCGGCAAGAAGGCUGCCAAAAAGGUGGACACCAAGUGCAGAUCAAUCAUGGUGACCCUGACGGAGGCCUCCGUCAAGCAGCGGAAGGUGCGUGUGGCGCAGAACCGUGUGGCAAAGGUGCGAUGCUCGCAGCAGCUCCUGCUGUGGUACAAUCCGAGCACCCACAUGCCCGUGAAGACACACAAGCACUUUGCGGACUCUACGAGUGCCUCGGAUGUGCUCGGGCCCUUUGCGCUGGAGGCCUGGAACAAGCUUCCGUCCUUGACGGUGGAGGAGAAAAAGGCAUGGUGGGGGAAGCGCAGAGUUGCCGUCGGCGGAAAGACGGUGACGGGAGAAAGUGAAUCCGAGGACGGCUCCCAGGAGUUGGACCCCGAGGCCGCGGAGGAGGCUCCGGCGAAUGACGCCGAGGCCGCGCAGGAGGCUCCGGCGACUGAGGACGUUGAGAUGGUCCUCCCCCCCGUGUCCCAGGGACGUGGCUGCGCAUCGCUCCGGGGUGAUACGCGACAACCGAUCGCGUAUCACGAAUGGCCAGUCUCAUUCUGGGACUCCGUCGCGUAUGCCUGCUCUGCGAGCACUAUUGUGGAUCUGACACCUGCCACAGGCCGACAGGCAAUGCAGGCUCUCCGUCAGCGGAUGUCCUACAUCGGCAUCUGCCAGACGGAGUGCCAGAAAGAAUACAUUGAGAAGGCUCUGGCAGCAGACGGCCUCAAGGCCCUCUCGGAUCCCAGUUCCAAGCUGUAUGCCCCCGAGCUGACAGCCGCAUCGACCAAGGCGGCCCCAGCCGUCCCGAAGCCAGCUCCGAUCCCACCAAAGGCAACCCCAGCGAAGCCCAAGCCAGUCCCAAAGCCAAAGACCGAGCCAAAGAGUGGCGAAGAGCCACCGCAGAAGAAGCCCCGAACUAAGCAGGGAGGCGCACCAAAUCCAGAGUUGUCCCAGGCCUUGCAAAGCAUGCUUGCGAGGGCGCAGGGAAAGCAGGGUGAGUGA